AUGGUGCCCACAUGGCCGACGACCACGACGGUGGAGGAGCGUCGUCGACCUUGGGGGAACGGUCCUUGUAUUGCUUGUGGUGGUGUCGCGCUUUGUGGUGGUGAGGUGGGGAAGAGGAUGGUGGUGGUGGACUCGGGAAGAGGAGGUGCGCGAGGAAGAAAAUGGUGGUGCAAAGGGGGGGAACAGGAUGGUGGUGGUGUUGGGAGGAGUGCCGGUGAGUUCAACCGCCUACGUGGUGGCAGUGGUCACGGGGAGGGGUGUGGUGAAGGGGAGGGUGGUGGGCUUCGUGGUGGGGAGGGGUUUGGUGAAGGGGAAGGUGGUGGUGAUGGGAGGUGGUGGCUGCCCGGAAUUUUUGCCGGAAACUAA